UUUUCAGCGUUCACAGAUUUUUCGCGCACUUCCGGCACGUUCGCUGGAGACUGGAGAGGCGCAAUCAGGCUGCGCGUUGUUGCGGUGCGUGCGUGCUGACGGAGCCGGUGCGCCGGUAGCCUCAGUGCUGUACUAUGGACCAGCGGAGCAGCGCUGAGACAGAGCCGGAUCUCUCCGUCGCGACGGAGCUGCAGUGCAGGAAGCAGGAGCAGGAGAAGCUGUCGGGGGUGGUGAAGAGCGUGCACCGAAAACUCCGCAGGAAAUACAUUGAAGUGGGAGAUUUCGAGAAAAUAUGGCGUGAACAUUGUGAAGACGAGCAGACUCUUAGCGAAUAUGCCAUGGCCAUGAAGAACUUGGCUGACAACCACUGGGCGAAUAAAUACGAGGGCGAGGGGCGCAUCGAGUGGUGCCGCAGUGUUUGCCAGAAGUACUUCCAGGAUGGAGGGAUGAGGCGAGUGUUGGAGAAGGAUGAGAAAAGCGCUAGGCAUGCCGCAGCUGGGAAUAACACAUCCGCAAACUCUCCACCACAGUUAUCCUCUUCAAGCUCAACGUUCCAGCUUGGGAGGAUACGACUGCUGGAUGUGGGCAGCUGUUUCAAUCCCUUCCUGAAGUUUGACGAGUUUCUGACUGUUGGAAUCGACAUUGUGCCAGCAGUAGAGAGCGUCUACAAAUGCGACUUUCUGAACCUGCAGCUGCAGCAGCCUCUGCAGCUGGCCAGCGAUGCCUUGGAUGCCUUCCUGCGGCAGCUGUGCGGCCCCAUCGAUGCUUUACCUGCACAGUUAUUUCACGUGGUAGUCUUCUCCCUGCUUCUCUCCUACUUCCCCUCGCCCUACCAGCGCUGGCUCUGCUGCAAGAAAGCACAUGAACUCCUGACCCUGAACGGCCUGCUCCUCAUCAUCACCCCCGAUUCCUCCCACCAGGGCCGGCAUGCACUUAUGAUGCGCAGCUGGCGAGUUGCCGUGGAGUCUCUGGGCUUCAAGCACUACAAGUACGUCAAGUUCUCCCACAUGCACCUGAUUGCUUUCCGCAAGGUGUCGCCCACCACCAGCAGCGACCUGGUCAGCCGCAACUACCCGGAGAUGCUUUACAUCCCGCAGGACUUUAACACGCUCGACGAGGACGGAUUCGCAGAUUGCUAUGAUCCUCUGCACUCCGAUUUCGAGGACGACCAGUUGGCUUGUAGCUUCGCGGAAUUACCAGACACACCGUACGAUUCGGACUCGGGCGAGAGCCAGAGCAGCUCGGCUCCCUUCCACGAGCUGGAAGACCCUAUUUUGCUGCAGAGCUGAACUUGUUAACUGCCCCUCUUGAUAUUUAGUACCCUACCUUCGUGCUGCCCAAAUUGCUCUGCUGCGUUUGUGUACUCUACCCCUUUUUAAGAAGCAAAAAGUUUGCACAGAGUGAAUGAGGACGUUUAAGUGGGCGUUGAUUUUUUUUUUAAGAGUGUGCAAGACAUCCUUUUGAACACAAAUGUACACACUAAACAAUCUUAACUAAGAAAUAGAAGUGAUGUGGUUUUGUAACAGAAGCAGCUGAGUGAUUUCAGGUCGAGGGAGAUUUUGCUCACCCACUCUGGCUGUUUUCUCAUUUUUAGAAUGACUGGACAAACCUUUUCAGACUAGCUUAACUUAUAACUUAUACCAGUCUCAAAAGAUCCAACCUUUUUGGUCAGUUACCAUAUUGUUUUGGACUUUUUUUAGCUGAUUUUCGUAAAAGGAUAGUUUGCCCAAAUAUGCCGUUUCAAACCUGUAUGACGUCCGUCUUCUCUGAAAUGCAUAUUUUUUGAAAAAUGCCUCGGUGUAAUUUUGUCCAUACAGUCAAAGUCAAUGUAACUUUUAGUAACAAUGAAACUCAAUGGGGUCCAAAACGAUGUUGUUUUGGACCCCAUUGAGUUUUAUGGUUACUAAAAGUUACAUUGAAACGAAAGUUACAAUGAAAGUCAUUUUGGACCCCAUUGACUUCCAUUGUAAGAACAAAAAUAGUUCAACAUUAAAGUAAAAAGAAAUGAAUACAGUUUUGGAACAUGGCGGUGAAUAAAUGAUCACAGAAUUUUCCAUUUUUGCGUGAACUAUCCAAUUAAUGGUUUGAUUCUUAGCAGGUUUUCACUGGACAUUUUAGAUGGCAAUUUCAGCCAUCUGUUCUCUACCGACUUUUUUUUGAAUAGCCUUUAUCAAUGAUAUUUGUAGCAUUUUAAGUGUCUGCAGAACUUGUGCGUGUUUGGUUAUGUGACAUUGUAACUGUGAAUGUGGAUUUCUCGCUUCAACAAGGUACAAAUCGUGCAAAGUAGUCAUAGUUUUUCAGAACAAACAAUCUUGCAGGUGACCGGAUUGGAUGCUUGCGUUGUGGCAACGUGUUUCUAAUCUUGCGAUCAAACGGCCUGAAAGUAGCUGCGUUUCUGCCUUAGUUUUUGCUUUAACCGCUAUUAUAACCAGUAAUAUCCGAUUACUUGUCAGUAGUAUGUAGUAUGGAAGAGGUUAGAUUUCUCUGCAUUUCGCCAUAAUGUGACUUUAUUGAGUAGGAUGAUUGUUUACUCUUGACUGUUUACUCUCGAAACCUUUGGUUGCUCUAAAUCUACUUCCUGUAUCGUUAUCUGGUGUAUAUCCCAUUGAGUUUUUCAGUACAUUAUUUUAGUUUCCCGCUUUCAAUUACAAAAUAAUGCUUUUAAGGUACAAAAAUUUGAAACGUACUCUGCCAAAUGUUGAUUUAAAAGUACUACAAAAAGAUUGUUGCGUAUCACUGUACGUUUUUAGCUUCUAUGUAUGUAACUGCAGAAUUUGCAGCUAUUUUAUUCACUUCAGGUUCUUAAAAACACUAUUUUGACUGUCCAAGCACAUAUUUGCACGUUUUUCGAUAACACCCUUCAUAGGGUUGGCAAAAUAUCGAUAUUGGCAUCAGCACUUCAUUAGAAUAGCAAUACGUUCAUAAUCAUAAACGGUCAAAAAUUCCCUAUAUCACUGUAACCUGGCAGUUAUAUUAAGUAACUGAUACUAGGCACUGUUUUCUAUUGUAUUCAUGUGGCUACCGUUUGGUAAACCUGAUGACAUGAGAAUAUGCUGUGAUGGGUGUUUACUCUUGAAGGAAUGUGUGAAAUACAUUCAGUACAUUGGGGUUCUGUUGAAGUAUCUAUGUGAGGUUUUGGUGUUAGGCACUUUAAAUGUGUUUUAGGGGUGCCAAAAAUAAGCGUGGAAAGAUUUGACUGUGAUGGAAUUCAGUAUGUGAUCUUUCAGGGUAUCAGAAAAAAAAAUCCUCCUCAAGGUGCCUUCAAACCCAAAUUGUAUUUUUGCAUUUGUGAUUAUAUAGACUGGAUUCAAGAACAGGCUACUGAUUGUCAUAAGAAAGUGCGAUAAUUUCUCUCCCACAGUAAACAGUUACAGAACAUACUUUCAGCAAAUUAACCAGCUCUUGGAAAAAAAUGACUGAAAUACUGCCCUGUUAGCAAUAGCAGUUAAAGGCAUUAUUUAGUCUGUACUCGAUUUAUAAAUAUAAGAAAAAAGACAUUUUAAAACAUUUAAAACAAAAAAAAAGCUUUGUAUUAUAUUGUUUACUUGGUGGUGUGUUCAGAUAUUCACAUAUCAAAUGUCUUUGUCUUCCCCAGGCUCUAAUCCACUGUUUGCAUGAUUGAUUUUCUUUAUCAGUGUUAUGAUGCUUGCCUCCCACAGAACCGGACUAUUUGUGAGGAAUAUUGUUAUUCAUCUUUUAUAAAUAAAGGUUUUUGUUGCCUUA